AUGACUGAGAUUCACGGCACAUGUGACCCGAAAUUCCAGGGAGUCCGCUCUCUCCUUGACAAGUACAUCAAAUCAGGCGAAGAGGUUGGUGCCUCGAUCACCAUUGACAUCGAUGGCAAAGAAGUGGUGGACAUCUGGGGCGGAUACGCCGACAAGGAGCGAACCAAGCCAUGGGAAAAAGAUACCAUCGUCAAUGUGUUUUCGUGCACAAAGACAAUCACCAGUCUUGCAGUCCUCAUGCUCGUCGACAGAGGAUUGAUCGACGUCAACGAGCGCGUCUCACACUACUGGCCUGAGUUUGCGCAAAAUGGCAAACAGGACGUUCUGGUCAGGCAUUUGCUGAGUCAUACGUCUGGUGUCUCAGGCUGGGAAGAACCGGUAUCAGUUGAAGACGUGUACGAUACUGACAAAGCGGCUGCAAUGCUAGCCCGUCAGGCUCCGUGGUGGACUCCCGGGACGGCAUCCGGCUAUCAGGCAGUGUGUUUCGGACAUCUUCUCGGAGAACUGAUCAAGCGUGUUUCUGGCAAGUCGCUACGCGAGUUUGUGGACACUGAGAUCGCAGGUGUUUUGGAUGCAGACUUUCAGAUCGGCGCAGCCGAGAACACCUGGGACCGCAUUUCUCCUCUCAUUCCCCCGCCUCCGACGGGAGUUAUGCCAGAGUUUGAAGAGGGAUCUGCGCGAGCCAAGACGCUACUCAACCCGCCAUUUGACCCCAGCUUUGCGAACACCGGGCCUUGGAGGCAAGCUGAGCUAGGCGGCUCCAACGGCCAUGGCAACUCCCGCUCUAUGGCGCGUAUUCUCUCUGCAAUCACCCUAGGUGGCUCGAGCCAAGGCAAGAAGUUGCUGUCAGAAGAUACGAUCAAGUUGAUUUUCCAGGAACAGGCCAGUGGAACGGACUUGGUUCUUGGGUCGUCGUUGAGAUUCGGCAUUGGUUUUGGACUGGCGCCUUCACCAGCACUACCCUGGGUUCCAGAGGGCAAUGUCUGUUACUGGUCCGGCUGGGGCGGUUCGAUUAUCAUCAUGGAUCUGGAUAGGCGUAUGACGAUUGCGUAUGCUAUGAAUAAGAUGGCGGGUGGACUUGACAGUAGUGAUCUGGCUGCGGCCUAUGGAAAGACAAUUUAUCAGGCCCUUGAGAAGUGA